CAACUCAAAAAUGCAGAGGAAGAACAGCCCUUUGAGUCCACAGGAAUUAUAAUUAUAGCUCCUAUCCUGUAAGCAUCAGCAGAUCUGACAGAAAAACAAGUUUGCUGCGGCUAUAAAAGUGGUACAACCUGCCCAGGUAGAACACUACUGUACCUGCAGAAGUGGACAGGAGACAGAUCCAAGGAUGACUUCUAGCAUCAAACCAAAGUCCGGCCUGACCUUCAGUCUGGUGACUGUUAUGUUGCUUGUGGCUGGCAGCGUCACGUUUUCUGCUGAGAUUCCUCAACCACAAGCUGCUCAAGAUGAACGUUUGAACGGCCAGAGAAACGACCCCCCUCCCCCCGGUGCUGCUAACUUUGAGGACUGUGCAGAUCUCUAUGCUGUACUCUACUGGACCAACACAGUGCAGGACGGAGUCUUCCCCAUCAAACCUGAGUCUUCCACCGACCACUUUGACGUCUACUGUGACAUGACUACAGAUGGUGGGGGCUGGACUGUCAUACAGAGGAGGUUUGAAGGGAGACUGAACUUUGACAGGCGUUGGUCAGACUACAAAACUGGGUUUGGGAGGGUCGAGGGGGAACACUGGCUUGGACUGGAUAAAAUUCACAACCUGACAUCCCAGAAUAGCUAUGAGUUGUAUGUGGAGUUACAGGAUUGGGAAGGGAACUUUGCUCAUGCUAAAUAUGGUACAUUCAGCAUUGGGGAUGAGAGUACAGAUUAUACACUGAACAUUGGGGGGUACAGUGGGGAUGCUGGAGACUCUAUAAUGGGUCACCAUAACAGUAAGAAAUUCAGUGCUAGAGAUGUGGACAAUGACCGCAGUAGUGCUCACUGUGCUCAGUACUUGUCAGGUGGCUGGUGGUAUGCUGGUUGUGGUUACUCUGCCCUGAAUGGUCCCUACUACCAGCCAGAGGACUAUCAUGGUACUGACACAGGGUUUGGUGUUUUCUGGUAUCACUGGAAAGGUGGCUACUACUCACUGAAGGCCACCAAGAUGAUGGUGCGACCUCAAAACUUUAUCCGUAAACUGUAAAUGAAAUGCGGAUUCUUCUUUCA